UUUCAAAUAAAGCAAAACAAAUCAGACGACAAGACAAACUGAUUAUUUCGCAAUUAGCGGCUUUUAAUUAGCGGUUAGUGGCCAGAAAAUGGUUUACAGACGUUGACAACACGUUUAGCUCCAGCCAGGAAAAUCGCUCGGGAGUAAUGAGUCUGUGGAAAGUGAUUCAAAAGCAGAUUUACGAUUUGUUCUCUCACAAGCAAGCACUCUUUUUCAUUCUCGUUCUCUUCACUUUUGUGAUUGUCACUGCAUUCCAAUUUGGAGAGACCUGGCUUCAGUGGAGCACGGUCAGAUAUUCGUCGAUUUUUAACAGAUUCCAUGACAACAUUGCAGGGAGAAAUCUCCAAGAAAAGUUGUGCCAGUCAGUGCCCAUUGAUGUUGUCUACACUUGGGUAAACGGCAGCGAUCCCCUUUUCCAGGAAACCCUAUUAAAAGAGAAAAGUGAAUUCAAAAUUGAAGACAUCAACCACAAAAGAGGCCCCUGCCAUUUCAGGUCAUGUGUACCAUCUCACUUCAUCUCCACCAAAGGUGGCCUUCCAUUGACGCCGGACACGAAGGUGGAAGUUUUGGCCCACGCCUCUGAAUUUUCCUUAGUCCCUCUAAAUGGAAGGACCUGGACGCUCCUUCAGUAUCCGUCUGUGGAAGAGGCCAAAAGUGCUGACGGCAUCCUCAAGCUUGCCGGUAGGAAUUUCAGCCUGCACCAAGCAUUCUGGACAACAGAUCCCGAUGCGAAAAAUUCCGUCAAUUUGCGACAGUUUGUGAUUUUGCUUGGUGUUCCCGCCAGCGCUAGUAAGGAGACUGUGAUCAAGUCUUUGCCCAGCAACCUUCGAGUUGUGGGCGUUUGGAUUUACCUGGACCAGGGACUGGCUGUUCUCCAGCUUCCACAUGCAGUUGGUCAAGACACCCUCAGAAAUUCGUAUCCUAAUAUAACAGUUGGAAGCAAAGACGCAUUUCUGUCACCCGCACAUCUAGUAUUAGAAUUGACCAGUAUUGAGCACAAUGAAGACUUUUCCGACUCGCGAUUCCAUGACAAAGAGGAACUGCGAUACUCGUUGCGGUCGGUUGAAAAAUAUGCCCCAUGGGUGAGGCACGUCUAUGUGGUCACAAACGGGCAAAUUCCAUAUUGGCUCAAUUUGGACCACCCCCGACUGAGCGUCGUGACCCAUCAGCAGCUCUUUGUGAAUCAAUCUCACCUGCCCACGUUCAGCAGUCCUGCCAUUGAAAGCCACCUGCACAGAAUACCAGGACUGUCUAAAAGGUUCCUGUAUCUGAACGAUGAUGUCAUGUUCGGAAAGGAUGUCUGGCCAGAAGAUUUUUACACUGAAACCGAAGGACAAAAAGUUUACUUGUCUUGGCCGGUUCCCGAAUGCCAGGAGGGCUGCCCGACGUCUUGGAUCUCGGAUGGGUCCUGUGACAAGGCUUGCAACGUAUCAGAGUGCAUGUGGGACGGUGGCGACUGCAAAGAUGGUGUCGAACCUCAGAUGGAAUUUCUUAGGGAAGAGCAGGAGGACUUUGACCAUUGGUCAGCCACUCUGGACGACCCUGAUUCCUGCGCGCCAAACUGCGCCGAUGGAUGGCUUGCCGACAAAUUCUGUGAUCUUAAUUGCAACUAUUUUGCCUGUGGUUUUGAUGCAGGAGACUGCGGUACUGCUAAUUUUUAUAGACUGCAUGAGUUCAAAAUGAGCACUUUCAAAAAUUUUACGUACGUCAUGCCAGAUAAUGUUCUUGGCGCAUUUUGGAACGUAUCGGACAUAUUAGAUGAUGGUCAGCCGGUCGACGGUGAAUUUGAGGACCACGUUGCAAUCAGAGUUUGGUCUCUAAAUACAAAUUUGAAACUAGUGAUUCUCGUUUUGCGGCCGAAAGUUGCUGAGAGUGUGAUAAAAGGAUACAUAAAGGGAAUCAGAAAUGGAGAAAAAUAUGAGAUCCAAUUAAAAGUUAGAAUCAACACAUGGGGAGCCAGGCCGGAAGUCAAUGGUACACAUCAGGCCACAAAAAGCUCAACGACCGAGAAAGCUCGGUUCAAGUCAUUCACUGGACUGCCUAUUGGUGCUCAGUUGGGGCCCCAAGACCUAACAAAUUCUUUAAGGAAAAUCUUGGGCUUUGAUGAUUCGGAGGGAAAUUUUGACCGAAGACUUGGGAGGAAGUUGCUGGACACAUUUGCCGACUCUUUGCUGCACGUCAACCGCCUGUACAACAAUGCGUUUGGCUUUGAGGCGAGAAAAGUUCCAGCCCACUCUGCCCAUUUGAUCGACAAAGAUGUAAUGGCAGAACUGCAAAAGCGGUUUCCCAGGGAGUGGGAUGUAACCUCGUCUCACAAGUUUCGGAGUCCAAUGGACAUGCAGUUUGCAUUUUCUUACUAUUACUUUUUAAUGCACGAAAAGGAGGAUGUCCACAUUGGAGAAAUUUUUGACAUGUUUGAUACAGAUAAAUCAGGGACCUGGUCUGAUAGAGAGAUGAGGACAGUCUUGGCCCGGCUGCAUGCAAUAUUGAAAUUUUCAUUUGUUACGGAAUUCGAGGAGGAGCUGACCAACUGCUCGAAAACUCACACUUCGGUUCUGGUUGACGUUCCUACUCCUCCCUAUGAACAUUACCUGGAUUCAAAAGUGCCUACAAUUACAAAGCAACUUGUAUCUCUGUGCGAAUCAGUGAAUAGUCGGCUGAUAAGAAAAUUUGGCAGGCGCAACAAGUACAAGACCAAAGUCAUGGGAGAGGAAGAAGUAGCUUUCAAAAUGCUAACUUCCAAUCUAAGUCAAGUUGUGGACAGUUUAGACAACUUGAGACGGAGGCCGAGGAAAUUUGUGUGCAUUAAUGAUAACCUGGAUCCCACAAAGGAGAAGGAAAAUGGUUACGUCAGGGCCGUCCUUCAAGAUUUCUACGAGUCAAUCCUGCCAGAACCUUCAAAGUUCGAACUGCCUCUUAUGUACCGAAACCGAUUCCUGACUGUGGACGAACUGCAGGUUUGGGUGCAGUACCGACAUUUUGUAAUGUGUGCUAUUGUGGUCUGCGUCAUUACUCUGAUUGUCCUGACCUGUGUGGCGCUCAACGGAGAAGUUGUCCAUGUGGGGCGGCUUAUGCACCAUCGACUUUGCCAGAAGAUUCAAAACGCUCGUAUUUGCCAAGUGUAACUUGAGCAGCUCACAACAUCGACUCUAAUUUUACUAAUUUGCUCAAAAGAAAGAUUUUGUAACAUUCACGGUGCGCAAUUUAUUGCAAUUUUUUUUUAAAAUAUUCUUUAUUUUGUAACUAUUCAACCAAUGCCAAAUAAAUAUUUUAGUCAAUGACAAGUACAAUGUUA